GUCCAGACUAGUACAUACGUUCGUUACAAAGACACGAUUUGUGUAAUAUCUAAUGGUCUAGUGGAUAAAUUGGUUGAUCGGUAUAUAGAGGGAAGAAGAUUACGUUAACGAUUCCUUUAAUCUUCUUUAUGGCGGGAAUUAGCCGAUACAUGGUUUAGUUGUACUCAGUUGUUACAAAGAGUUUCAUAUUUUUUGUUUCUUUCGAAGAUGGAGCAAACGAAUGAUGAAAUUUUAACAAUGAAAGAGGAUAGUAAUAAUUCCGAUAAUAAUUUCGAUAAUAAUUUCGAUAAUAAUUCCGAUAAUAAAUCCGAUAAAGAUAUCGUCGUGGAUUGUGACUUCCCAAGUAAAACGAGUGAUUCGACUGAUAAUAAAUCUUUGAGUAUAAUUGCUGAUCACAGCAAGCUUGAUGAUAAAGUUCCUGAAGAUAAUGUUACGAAUAAAAAAAAAAGAAGCCUAGCUGAGUUUAUUGAAGAAAAGCGUAUUGCACAGGAAGAAUAUAAUAAAACAUUGCAUGAACAAAGAUAUAAACGGUUAAUGCAUCUUUUAACUCAAAGUCAAUUUUAUGCUAAUUAUCUUAUGGGAAAAAUUACUUCAACUUCAUCGCAAGAAAUAAAAGAUCAGAAAAAAGCUACUAAUGAGAAUUUACCACCAAAGAAAAAAGAAAAAAAGAAAAAUACUCAAGAAUAUGAUAUACGCCAAUAUAUUUCUCCAAAGAUGGAAAAAAAAAUAAAUUCAGAUAGAUCAAAAUCCAAUUUAAGUCCAAGACAAAUUUCAGAAGAAUUAUUAAAUUUAGAUAUUGAAAAGCAAGUAGAUAACUGUGAAAAUUUUUGUGUUCCAAAACAUUUCAAUGGUACUUUAUAUGAAUAUCAGAGAGAAGGUUUGCAAUGGUUGAAAGUGCUUUAUGAGAAUGGAUUAAAUGGUAUCUUAGCUGAUGAAAUGGGACUUGGAAAAACAAUUCAAAUAAUAGCAUUGUUAUGUCAUCUUUUAGAAAAACAUCAAGGUGGUCCUUAUUUAAUAAUUGCACCACUUUCUACAAUACCAAAUUGGGUUUCAGAAUUUAAGAAAUUUGCCCCUGAUUUACCAAUAAUAGUAUUUCAUGGCUCAAAAAAUAUAAGAUUAAAUAUCUCUAAGAAAAUUACACAAUCUUACAGUGUUAAAGGAGAAUAUAGAACAAAACCUAUUGUACUAACCACAUAUGAAAUGCCAUUAGUAGAAAAUAAAUUUCUUAUGAGUCAGAAAUGGAGAUAUAUAAUUAUCGAUGAAGGUCAGAGAAUCAAAAAUCAUGAAUCACUAUUAUCUAAAGUUCUAAGAACAUUUCCAUCUAUGAACCGCCUUUUAUUGACUGGUACACCACUUCAAAAUAAUCUAGCUGAAUUGUGGGCACUUCUUAACUUUUUAUUACCUGAAAUAUUUGAUGAUUUGCCUGUGUUUGAAUCCUGGUUUAAUGUAAAUGAAUUACAAAGUACAGAGGCUACUAACAAGAUUUUAAAACAAGAAGAAGAAAAACACAUUUUAUCAUCAUUAAGAGAAAUUUUGAAGCCUUUUGUUUUAAGACGUGAGAAAUCAGAUGUCCAUAUAAAUAUUCCACCUAAAAAAGAAUUAAUUGUUUAUGCUCCACUUUCACAUUUGCAACAUGAAUUAUACAGAGCAGUUUUAAAUUAUGACCUUUAUAAUAAAAUUGAAAAAGAACCUAUUUUGAAAACAUUGGAUGGUAGCAAACCUAAAAGAAAGCGUAUUACAACAAAUACAAUGGGUAUUGAUAAUUUAAACAAUGAAUUAACAUCUCCUGUACCAGAGGAAGAAAGUACACUAACAGAUCCAUAUCUAUUGCAGUGGCAGAAACAUAUUAAUAUUACUGAUCAGAAUCGUGAUUUCUUACAGAACCUACGGUUCCAAAACAGAUGGGUACUAUAUAAAAAGAUUGUCAAUCAUCCAUAUUUGCUUUAUAAUCCUUUGGAUUUAAAUGGUAUGCAUUCAAUUAAUGAUGAUAUUAUCAAAUCUUCUGGUAAACUUUUAGUACUGGAUGCUAUGUUAUCUAAAUUGAAGAAGCGAGGACAUAAAGUUCUUUUAUUCUCAACAAUGACAAAAUUACUUAAUAUCAUAGAAGAUUAUCUCUCAUUACGAAAUUAUACAUAUGUUAGAUUAGAUGGUUCAAGUAAACUAGAAGAAAGAGGUAUAAAUAUUCAUAAAUUUAAUACAGAACCUGAAUUAUUUUUGUUUCUUAUAUCUACAAAAGCUGGUGGAACAGGUCUUAAUCUUGCUGCUGCUGAUACUGUGAUUAUAUAUGACAGUGAUUGGAAUCCACAAGUAGAUAUACAAGCAAUGGCACGUUGUCAUAGGAUUGGUCAAACUCGUCCCGUUGUAAUUUAUAAGUUAUGUACUAAAGGAACAAUUGAUGAAGUAAUUAUUAAACGUGCUGAAGCUAAACGGCUUUUGGAAAAGAUGGUUAUGUCUAAAGAAUUACGUAAACUGGAUAUUCACAGUAAGGAUACACUUAUGGAAUUGAAACAACUUUUAGAAUCAAAAGAAUCUACAAUUGUUACAUCUACACUAGAAGCGUACUCAGAAGAAGAACUCAAUGAACUAAUGGAUAGAAGUGAUAUGGCACACAACAAUUCUGCUGGUACAAGAAAAUUUACUUACUAAGAUUGUUUUUUAAAGAUCAAAGUUCAAUUUAAUGUAUAAAUAUCGAUAGAUUGUCAUAUUUUCUUGAUAAGUAUUAUAUUUAUUAAUAAGUAUUUAUUUUAUGUCUUUUACAGUUUACUCUACUAAAGUUUUGUUUAAUUUUAUAAUAAAAUAGCAUUAAUUACA